AUGGCGGCCCCGGGCCCUCCGCGGCUGCCCCAGCUGCGGCUGGGCCCGCGGCUGCGGGCCGGGCUGGAGGUCGCGCUGCGGGUGCCGAGCCUGUUCCUCAUCGACGCCAUCUUCAACUCGGCCCCGCUGCCGGGCGGCUCCGUGAGCGCCGCGCUGCUGGGCGCGCUGCUGCGGCUGCUGGGUGUCUUUGUAUCCAGCGUUGUUCUGGUCUUACAACAGCGAGCACUUUUCAAGUUCUACAUGAUCACCUCAGCGUUUCUGCUGGCUGCAACUUCAGUUUUGGUGAAUUACUAUGCUGCUUUGCACAUAAACUUCUACAGUGCCUACAACACAGCUGCGUUCGGAAUUCAGAUUUUCCCACAUAAAGGACCUUCGCUAUGGAUGGCACUUUCCAUCCUUCAGCUUACCUUUGGAAUUGGAUAUGUUACCUUGCUAAACAUGCAAUCCAUAUACUCUCAACUCAUUAUCUUGGAUAUACUGAUUCCUGUAAUUGGCUUGGUUGUUGAAUUACCUUUAAAUGUCCGGCAAGUACUUGUUUUUAUUUCAGGCCUAGUUCUGACACUAAAUACCACAGCCAUUUUAGCUACAAAAAUUAAGUGGUUCUAUUAUUCGGUACGAUACGUUUAUCUGCUGGUGAGGCACAUGUAUCGUAUUUAUGGAUUACAGCUCUUGAUGGAAGACACAUGGAAAAGGAUUCGGUUUCCAGCUGUACUCCGUGUCUUUUGGCUAACAAGACUUACAGCACAAGCUGUGGUAUUAACUUAUGUAGUAAAGAUGGCUGAAAACAACACAGAAGAAAAAUUCUUCUUGAUAUCGUGGGAUAACUGUUGGGAACUGAUCUGCAGCCUGAUCAUAAGUGGGUGUGACUCUACUUUAACUGUGUUGGGCAUGAGUGCCGUCAUUUCCUCGAUAGCGCAUUAUUUGGGACUCGGUAUCCUGGCCUUCAUUGGGUCAACUGAUGAGGACGACAAAAGGCUUGGGUUUGUAGCCCCCGUCUUGUUUUUCAUUUUGGCUCUGCAGACUGGUUUAAGUGGGCUGAAACCAGAGGAACGAUUAGUUCGCCUGAGUCGAAACAUGUGCCUUUUGUUGACCGCAGUCCUGCAUUUUAUCCAUGGAAUGACAGACCCCGUGCUGAUGUCUCUCAGUGCCUCCCACGUGUCAUCGUUCCGCAGACACUUUCCUGUACUGUUUGUCUCCGCCUGCCUUUUCAUUCUUCCAGUUCUGCUCAGUUACAUCCUCUGGCACCACUAUGCACUAAAUACUUGGCUUUUUGCAGUCACAGCUUUCUGUGUAGAGCUUUGCCUAAAAGUAAUAGUUUCUAUCACUGUUUAUAUAUUGUUUAUGAUUGAUGGCUACUAUAAUGUGCUAUGGGAAAAACUUGAUGAUUAUGUCUAUUAUGUUCGCUCAACUGGCAAUAUUAUUGAGUUUAUAUUUGGAGUAAUCAUGUUUGGAAAUGGAGCUUACACGAUGGUUUUUGAAUCGGGAAGCAAGAUUCGUGCUUGCAUGAUGUGUCUGCACGCGUACUUCAACAUCUACCUGCAAGCCAAGAAUGGCUGGAAGACUUUUAUAAACCGCCGCACUGCUGUGAAGAAAAUCAACUCGCUUCCAGAGGUGAAAGGAGCUCGGUUACAGGAAAUUGAUGACGUCUGUGCAAUCUGCUACCACGAGUUCACCACCUCUGCGCGCAUUACUCCAUGCAACCAUUAUUUCCACGCACUUUGUCUUCGGAAGUGGCUGUACAUUCAGGACACGUGUCCGAUGUGCCAUCAGAAAGUGUAUAUUGAGGACAAAGAAAAUGCCAAUAUCUCUAACAACAACGGGUUUGUAGCACCAAAUGAAAAUCCUGUACGGGUUGCAGAAGAAGCUGCUGAUGCUGAAAAUGAAUUAAAUGAAGAUAAUGACAGUUCUGAUAGUGAUGAGGAAGAUGGCGACUGUGGGGCACAGCACUUGAAUGAGACUCUUAAUGUUGACUCUAACACUCUUGGUGAUUAGGAUGUUCUUUACUAAGCCGUGAGCUAUUUGUUCAAGAUUGACUCCAACAGAAUAAAAGUAUCACUUUGUAGUUAUUGUACUUAAGCACAACAGCAGUAUCUCAAUGUUGAGUCUGUGAAUGGUGGUUGUUUACUGUGGUGUGUGCUACUGUAAAUAUACCUCUAAUUUUUGCUGGUCUCUUUCAUGACCACCUUAAAAUUAUGUACAUUAUUGUACAUGGAAUAAAAUGUUUUCACGUUUUUAA